UAUUUCUGUUGAAAAUAACAAGAAAAGAAACAAAAUACAAAAUGUUUAACAAAAGUUAUACUAAUAUAAUUUUGGCUAGCACUUUGCUGCUAUGUUUAAUUACCCUGCCAGUCUCUCAAGCCGAUCUCAUGUGCUAUGUUUGUGAUGACUGUGCCACAAUGCCCAAAGAUGCCCCCUUGCUGGCAUGUAAUGAAGAUUUCUUUAAUCCUGGCGGCAGCACAGAAGCCUCCACAGUGACAACUACUACACCAGCGAGUACAACAGAAGCAGUGCAGAGCACUACACCCAUUGAGACUAGUCCAAUGACCAUCGCUUCAACCACCGAGGAGAGUAGUACUGAUCUGGCAUCGACAACCACAGAGGAAGUCACUUCAACUUCGACAUCAGAGCAGUCGACUGAAAGCACAGAGGCACCCAUUCCCACACCAAACACAGCUGGUCCUGUGGAGACUACGACUGGAGUGCCCACACCACCACAAGAGGAUUUGGAUGCAGUACCAGCUUCAGCAGCUAAUACCACGCGGUUGUUGCAGAUCGGAGAGGAAAGCUCUAGCAAUGUCACACCUUUGGCCAUUCGUCAGCGUCGUGCUCUGAUCAAUACAGAUUACAGCUAUCACUGCUAUAUCGUACAAAAGUCAAUCAAUGGCUCUACGGUCACAGAUCGCGGUUGCUCGCGUGUUAGUACUUAUCAAUCUGUUUGCGGAUUGCUAAUGGAACAGAAUAACAACACUCAGUUGAGCAAUUGUGAUCCCUGUAGCAUGAAUGCCUGCAAUGGAAGUUCCCUAUUGCAAAACUCACUAUUAGUCACCUUUCUGAUGGCUGCUAUCGCUGCCUUGAUGCAGGCCAACUAAAAACGAUCAUUGUCGAUAGCAUUGUCAUUUUGUGAUUACCAUUAUCAACCGGUGUUAUAUUAGUAUUCCUCGUUGUCACUCAUUCACAUUAGCGAGCUCUCAUUUGUUGUAAUUUUGUUAAGCAAUGAAAACCCACACACACACACACACACGCAAAACAUAAACACACGAUACACAACAAUCGCACCACAAGAAACGAAUAUCGAAAUAUAUAUAAAUCUAAUUAAAUAUGUAUUUACAUGAAUAACAAAACA